UUAGUAAAUAUAAACUGCUAAAUACCUUUUCUCAUUGACAGUUAGAGAAGUCUUGUGACUUCUAUCAGUGUCCAGCCGAACACAUGUUAAAACUUGUAGGAGGCGUUUUCAUUCUGCUCUAGCAGGAUGCAGGACCCCUGACCCUCUGUCUGGACAGCGCUGAUUGGCCCUGUGCUGAUCACAUGCACUCUCCCAACAAUACACACCAAACUAAGCAUGUGCAGAGUGUCUCCACACGAUAUGUCUUAUCAGGAAAUAAGAGGGGGGCACUGGAAGAAGGGGAGGAUCAUAGAAGUCAGGAUCAUACA